CUCAACUAAUCUUGAAUCUUGAACGCUUUACACAUUAAGCCUAUGAGAAGGUGGGAGUUACUCUGGGGUUUAGUACACAUGGCAUGAAGUACCUAUUGUACCUCUCAGAAACAUAAAGGAAAACAGCAUUAAUAUGAGUGGAAGUGAUCAGUUUAUUUGGGUGUUACAUGAAGGAGAUAUAAUAAACCUUGAAUGAGAGGGAUGAGGGAUUUUCAGUUGAGAAUUACAUAUUUUUUUUUUACCACUAUAGGGGCGGGGAUAACUAAAGAGUGCACAGGAAAUCAUAUGAUUCAUCGCAGUAUGUAAACGUGCACAUGGUACAGCUGAACAGCACCACAUCAAAUAUAUAUGUCACCUAAACUGUAGAUCGUAUAUAAGUGAGGUUUCAACACCCCAGUGGUUUUCAUACAGUCUUACAUCCCCCCUCUACAGGUUCACAGACAACAGUGCUCUUUUUUUUAUAGGGAAAGUGAUAUGAUUAUCCUGUCUAUCAUAUCAUAUCUGUGGGUGCUCAUCUUUUUAUGUAUUUUCAUUUGUAAUGGAUUUUUAAAUGCAGUGGAGGCAGCUUCGGAAUGCAAAAAAGGUAAAGUAUGAGUUUUAGAUUUUUAGGUGCUAUUGUGUAGCUUCUCUAUGUUUUGCUGGGAAUUAUACUCUACUGUGCAUUGAAUGUAGAUGUAUCUUGAAUACUUUUUUCUUUACUGUUGAUACUAUUAAAGUUACUUCUCAUGUGUUGAUACUUAUAAUUAAAUAAUGACUCUGAUGAGAACAAUUACAGUACAAGGACAAUAAUGUGAAUGAUAUUAUCAAGGUGAGAUGAUAAGCAGAGGGAAUGGAAGACUGUGUGAACCAUGCCCUGAAAAUCACUACCAGGCAGUACCAAAUCGCUCUCAGAAUUGUGUAAUCUGCACCUCCUGCCUUAACAGUAAGUUAUAAUCAUGUAGUAAGAAGUUAUAAUCAGUAUUAAUACAUUCUGUAAAGAAAUGACCUGUUGACAAAAUAGAAUAUCUGUAUAAUGAUCCCACACCAAAUCUUGAGUUGAAUCCAAAUAGCAUAAAAUAUGCCAGUGUAACCCACAGACAAUUUAUUUGUUUGUUUGUAUCAAUAAACUAUAAUAUCUUUGUUUGUAUUCAGACAGUGAAUUGAUAUCAGAGUGCACAAAGACUUCCGAUACUAUAUGUCAGUGUCGUACAGGAUUCAUUAGAAGAAACGAUCAGUCUUCGAUAUGCAAGUGUGCCAAGGGGUCUGGGCUGGAUCCAUCAGGUAAAGUUUGAGUAUGCAAUACUGAUGAUUUUUAAUGGAUUUGAUUAGUAAAUGUAAAUAACUGGCAUUAUAUCAUUUCUUGCCUCAGGAUUCAAAUGCAGUGAAUGUCAGGCUGGAUUCUUUACCACCAAAAUCGACUCUAAAUGUGUGAACUGGCGAGAGUAUGUAAAUAAACUAACUAGCAUUUGUCCAAUUUUUGCUAUUUGCUGAAGUAUCAAGCAAUCUCCUUACAUUUACAAUAUAAUGUUGGACUUUUUGUCAUCCGCUGGAAAAGCAUUUUAACGGCACUCUGACUCAUGGCUGUGUAUCUGCCUGUGUCUUAGGUGUAAGAGUGGAGUGAGGAUUCCGGGCAAUUCGACAUCAGAUGUGAUCUGUAAUGAUAAUUCAGAGACAGAGGGGAAGACCCUCCCCUCCACACACACCACUUUCCCAUCUGGCUCCAUCCAGACCUUUUCUAAGUCAUUGAUCCAGAGCCAAGGGUCAUCCCCUCAUCCUAAUGUGCCCACCUUUGCACCAGCCCCCACUAUCAAGGUGACCAAAGGUCCCAAGUUCUCAACGGCAGACUUUGGCCAAGGUAAAUGGUGUUCUUGACUCUCGUCCAUGACAUACAUUAAUAUAAAACUUUGUAUUACAGUUGAUCAUUGUAUAGCAUUAUAUGAAUAAUGCCUUAUUUCUGUCUUCCAGUAAUGACACUCUUUGGAACUGUCCUGCUGCUUACUUUUCUACUUACCGCUGUGACCUACAAACUGGUCAUCAUUCCUUGCAUCAAGAACCACAAGAAGCCGGCUGUCAGAACAUGUAUGUGCAACUGUUAGGGAAACUAGAAGUCACAAUCGUUAUGAGAAGUGUUACGUUAGUUUCUUUAGCUAUUAUGUGUGUUGUAGUUAUUUGAGCUUGAAGGACUCUUGAAUCUGGAAUGUCAUCUGUGUAUUCUGAUUCUAUUGUUCUACCCCAGCUCAGGACUCAAUGUGCCGGAGGCCAGUUGAAGAAAGUGGGGACAGCAGUCUCUCUUCCCUGGUAAAACCACCAAGCUUGGGGGAGCCAUGAUAGAGAUACCUGGCUAUCUGUCUGUCAAACUAUUCCUAUUGUCAAAAUGUUGCUAUUAUUCUCAAUGCCACUCAGAAUACAUUUCUUUAAAACCAGAAAAAACUUUAAACAGUGUUUGAAGAUUCUAAAAUAUGGUCAAUAUUUGAUUCCCAUGUAUUCUGUUAUUAUGGAAAAGCAUUUUAGACAUUACUUUGUUUUCAAUCUAUUUGUCAACAAUAUAAUUGUUCUCUGCUGCGCUGGGGGAUCUAGAUAUUAUGUUAUUUUCACAAAUGGCCUUCUGACAAAAUAAUGAUAAAUACUACUUCCUGUUCCUUCAGGUGUCUGUUUAGAUUUACAGGGGAGAUUAUGUGAAAACAAUGCUGUGGUGGCAAAAUGUGUAUUGUGUUAAAUGUUGUAGUUGUUUAUGUCUUUGCAAAUAAACCUUUUCACAUUUUACAUGA